AUAUAUCUACUGCAGACUGGGCUCUCACUCUGGGAAAUAUUGCUGAAGCAAGAGUCAGAAAUCAUCUCCAGUUUUCACUGUUGGCGAGCAUGAAAAAUUCAUGGAUUUUCCUUUGGAGAGAUGAUUGUGGAAAGCUCCAUUAAUAUAACGGUCAUGUGACACGAUACAGGAACGAUAUUUUUGACCUAUGGUAGGAAAGCAAAAAGAUAUUGAUACCCUAAGGAAGCAAUUGGAUAUAUUAUAGAGGCUUUGUUUACCCAUAAUACCCUGUGGCAGGCUUUUGCAUCAAAAUAAAGAGUGUUUUAUUCUGUACACGGAUUGUUAUAGGAACGACUCCAAAGUAUGAAAUAGCAAAUCUUCAGAGGAUAAAAACCUAGAACAGGUGGAAAGUAAAGAAUCGUAAUAAAGAGAGUACAUCCAGACCAGCAUGCCGGGGAUAGGGUUUAUCCGCGUCAAACUUCUACAGGUGGAUAAAGGGCAGACGGUCACCAAAUCAGAACCAUUCGACCCGUUUGUUGCUGUUAAUGUCAAGGAAACCGUCAACUCUCCAGGUCAGAAACCACAAUAUGUACAGAAGAAGAGAACCAUAUACCCGGAAUGGAACACUUGUUUCGAUGCACACAUUUACGAGGGUCGAGUCAUUAACAUGAUUGUCAAUGAGAAGCCGAACAAUAUGCUGGCUGAGGUGACCAUCAGCGCUCGAGCCCUGGCUGACAAAUGCAGGGACGGAAGCAUAUCCACUACAUGGCUGGAUUUGAAGCCUUCUGGUAGACUACAAAUACAGAUUCGGUUUUUCUCAGAGACAGAAGAGGUAGCACCAGGACCUUCCCUCAAGUCCAAAGAACAAUUUCCACAAGAAUCAGAAAAAGGGGGAGGAAUCACUAGGAGAAGAGGGGCCAUUAAACAACAGAAAGUUCAUGAGGUCAAAGGUCACCAGUUCAUUGCCAAAUUUUUCCGACAGCCUACUUACUGUUCAUUCUGUAAUGAAUUUCUUUGGGGACUCAACAAACAAGGCUACCAGUGUAAAAUAUGUAAUUGUGCUGUCCAUAAGAAAUGCCAUGAAAAGAUCCUUGGACAAUGUCCUGGUAGUGCCAAAGACAGCCGUGAAACCAAGCUGAUGUCAGAGAGGUUUAACAUCAAUGUCCCCCACAGGUUCAAGGUCAACAACUACAUGUCUCCUACAUUUUGUGAUCAUUGUGGAACUCUGCUGUAUGGGUUGUUUAGACAGGGGCUCAAAUGUGAAGUGUGUGGGACAAAUUGUCACAAGAAGUGUGAGAAGUUCAUGCCUAACUUGUGUGGAGUAAAUCAGAAGAUGUUAGCCGAGGUUCUUCAGCAGGUCAGGAAAGCGCCCUCUGUCAGUCAACGAAAGGCAGGCACAACUGUGAACCAAGAGGAGAGCAGCUCAGAUGAUGAAGCUCAGGGAUACGAACAAAUCUGGGAUAAAAAUGGCCCCCCGCUGGAGCCCCCUGGCAGUAAACCACCGGCUGCUCCUAGACGAAAAUUCACCCCCAACGAUUUUGUUUUCCUAAAAGUUUUAGGCAAAGGAAGCUUUGGAAAGGUUAUGUUAGCCGAGCUGAAAGGUCGAGGGAAAUAUUACGCCGUCAAGGUCCUGAAGAAAGAUGUGGUUCUAGAGGAUGACGACGUCGAGUGUACAAUGAUUGAGAAACAAGUGUUAGCCCUGGGCUGUCAGCACGCCUACUUAACUCAUCUACAUAGUACUUUCACCACACCAAGCCAUCUUUUCUUUGUCAUGGAGUAUUUAAAUGGAGGGGAUUUGAUGUUCCAUAUACAGCUGUCAGGGAAAUUUGACAUGCCCCGAGCUCAAUUCUAUGGUGCAGAAAUUUUGUUAGGAUUACAGUAUUUACAUACCAGAGGGAUUGUUUAUAGAGAUCUCAAGUUAGAUAAUGUUUUGUUGGAUCGGGAGGGGCACAUAAAGAUAGCAGACUUUGGAAUGUGUAAAUUGAACGUGUUUGACGAGAGGAAAGCUACGACAUUCUGUGGUACUCCGGACUACAUAGCUCCCGAGAUUCUAAAAGGCUGGAAAUACAACCAGUCUGUAGAUUGGUGGUCGUUUGGAGUGUUAUUGUACGAGAUGAUGAUUGGUCAGUCUCCAUUCCACGGAGAUGAUGAAGAUGAUUUGUUCCAUUCCAUUAUGAACGACACUCCACACUACCCAAGAUGGCUUUCCAAGGAGGCAGCUUCCAUGCUUAGUCUGUUGUUCAUUCGUAAUCCCAAAGAGAGGCUGGGCAUGCCCGACUGUGCUGCUGGUCCAAUCAGAUCUCAGGCAUUCUUCAAAAAUAUAGAUUGGGAUCGAAUGGAACUCAGACAGAUCGAGCCACCAUUCAAACCAAAAAUCAAAUCUGACAAUGACAUAUCAAACUUUGACAAAGACUUCACGAUGGAGAAAGUUCAGCUAACUCCUCCAGACAAGGAACUCCUCAAAACAAUGAACCAAAAGAUCUUUCACGGCUUCACGUUUACAAGUGCAGAGGCGGACUUCUAGGGCUUCAGACAGAAAAACAGUUCCAGGCAAGGCGCAGCCAGGAGACACAUUUGACAUCCAAGGUCAAAGAUCUGUGAUCCUUAUAUUAUCCAUAAUUCUUCUUCUGUAAAUAAUGGAAUUCAUUGGAAGGUGUGAUGGUGUACUGAGUGGUGUAAGGAUCAUGUCAGUGUUUGGAAAAAAAACAUUCUCAAAAAGGGACCAUCUCAAACUGUAGUAGAUGGGCAAUUUGUACAGCAUUGUCUUAGGUAUUAAAUAUUUUAUUUCCUCUUCUUCACAGAAGCGGAAUAUAUAAUGAUUUACCAAUUCAAGUGGACAAUGGAUUUAAUGAUAAAUCAUGUGAAGAAAUUGGGGAGAGUAUCAAAAAUGAGAAUUUUAUAUAUGUUUUGACUUUUGUAGAUUAUGCUCACAUUUUUUUUUUUACUUUGUAGAGUAGAUUAAUGACCAAACAGAAUUUCUUACUUCAUAUUUACACUUUUCUACAAAAUUUGUGCCUUUUGUGAUUUUCCCCAAGCAUUUAUGAGUGUAUGUAUGUUUAUUUACUUGCCACUCUUUUGGAUAUAUCCAUCAGCCUUUACAGCUGUAUAAUAAUAAGCAGAGUGAUCUUGUGAUGAAAAUAGUUCACAGUUCAAGGACAAAAUAAAGUACAAGCACAGUCCUGACAACAGUGAGACUGAGUGAUAUAAAAACUUGAUACUUGGAGUUAUUAAAUCUCCAGUGGAUGUAUUUAAUGCCCUUUUGUAAAUGAAAAAUUGUGCAUUUAUCAAAUUUAUCUGUAAAUUGUACGAUUGUGUUUAAAAGGUCUUUAAGCAUACUUUUUCUUCAUUCUGAAGCUCAACAGUUCACAGAAAUAAUUCCCUCUGUGACUGCUUUAUAUCUAGUAGUUGCUGUAUUUAGAUUUUUUAAAUUAAAAACGAAAUCCAUGUAUUAUAAUCAUCCAAAGAAAGUUGUAUGUGUUGAAUUUUCUCAGAUGACUCAACAGCCCUACAUUGUGCUGUACUAUUGUUACUGCAUGCAGAGUUCGUUAUGCACUUCGAAAGUGUACUUUUUAAACAAGAGUUUUUAUAUUGCCUUGGUUAUUUAUUGAUGCAUGUUUACACUUAAAUUUCCUUGAAAAGGGGAAUAGUUUUUAAAGAGAAUUAAUGAUAUACAUUUAGGUCAAAAGAUUUGUAGACUGGUUAACAACUCAAAUAAUAAUUCAAAAGACAGAUUGGCUGAACCUUUACAUGUGUUAGAAAGCAAUUUAAAAGAAAUGCAUGUAUGUAUAAUUUUUAGUUUAUUGGAGAACUUUUAUAUUACUAUCAGAUUAUUUAUUUAUUUUUUUUCAAACUUUAUACAAAAGCAUCCUACUACAUUAACUGGUGUUAAAAUACUAAUGAGCUGAUGUUCACUGCAGUAUUUUUUUAAACUCUGGCAGUAUUGUAUGCUUCCUUGUUUCACAGGGUGCUUAACUUUUUCAGCCCCAAAUUUUUAUUUCUCUUUCAUAAUUCUUGAUUUAUAACAGACAUCACAAGAGAAAUGGAAAAUAAGGAUUUUUUCAACAAAAUACCUUAUGCAUAUUUCCAAGCCUACCCUUUGAUGCACACUUGCUAUAUUUGUUUAAUCCUCAGGUAUAUCAGUGAACAAGGAAAUAAUAUUUAGAUAAUUUUUCUGUUUAACAUUCAGGCAUUAUGAGGUUGAAUGUGGAGGUUUCCUACAUAUUGUAUAACCCACAGCUAUUGUACAGUGAAACAUGGAUAUAACAAAACCAGGAGAGACUCUGAUUUCCUACUUCCAUUUAUCAUUGUUAUUCUCUGUUGUACUACAUGUAUGUGGAAUAAGAUUACUGUUAUAAGCAGGAGUUGGUUUAAAGCAGGAGUUUUCUGGUCUAUUUUGCAAUAAACUUGUUUAACUAUAAGGAAAGGCAACCUGUUAUAUUCAGAAUAGAUGUUAUUUUCCUGUUUUUCAGUGUUGUUGCAAUAACUGAAAUUAAACAAAUUAAUAAUUAUAAUUUAAUUUGGAUUUUUUUCAAAUGUUUUAUAUAUCUUAAUCAACUGUUACAAUGAAUGGAUGUUUUGCUUCAGUAUGGAUUAUGAUACAACGUUUUAUCCCUAUUUCAUAAUGUAAAUGAUGUAGUGAUAUGUGAAUGUUUUACACACUAAUACAUGUAUCAACUAACGAUUUAUAAGGAGUAAAAAAAGUUUAUGUUUAAGAAA